GCGUCGCGCCCGCCGGCCGCGGCGGCCUGGCCGAGCGGCUGAAGCUGGAGCCCGGAGCCGAGCAGGCUCAGCUGUCGAUGCAGUGCGCCCUGCCGGAGGAGCCGAUGCCUGGGGAGCAGCUCUCGGAUUUCAGCUGUCACGACCUGGGCGACAUCGAGGAGGCGUUCAACUCGGACGCCGCGCGCCAGCUCUUCUCCGAGCCCGUCACCGAGCAGUUCGACCUGGCUGACCUCCUCGCUGAAGACAGGAAUGACCAAGCUCCGUCCGACGGCCAGCUGAAUGAGCGCCGUGUGCGGAUGCGGCGCCACCUGGCGGCGGCCGGCGAGCCCUCCCCGCAGCGGCAGUUUCUGCACCUGCGUGUUAAGGAGCCGAGCCGCUGCACCAGGGGACCGGAGCGGCCGGGGCCGUCGCAGAGACGCUCCAUCGCUGUCAGCAACCCGCUGCUGGCCAGUCUGCUGGAGUCGCCGGGGCCGCGCAGCCCCGCCAGCCCCUGCGCGGCCGGCCUGGCGCCGCCAGCCUCGUUCGCCGCCGAGCAGCAGUACCCGACGCUGACCACCACGCGCGUAGCCGGCACCGCUGGGCAGCACGUGAAGCAGGAGCGGCUGGAGCCGGACGGCCUGCUGGACACAGAUGGCGCUGACCUGGCGGGUUUCAUGCACUCGAAUGGCGGCGCAAUGGUGCCGGACAUGACCUGA